AUGAAGCAGAAAUUUAAAACUUUUUUUAUUAAAAUUCGCCAUUCUAUUAUUAUAAAUCCCACCAUCACUUGUAGUGCUAAGGCAAAACUAACGACACUCACAUGUCAAAAUCCAUCAUGCCGUUUAAGCAGUAGCCUGUGA